AUGUGCGAAGAGACAAAACCUCCAUAUUGCUCAAAAAUGGUAUAUCUCAAAUUGGCGGGUUUAAAAAUCUCAGAUGAAUUACUCAAAAUUGCAAAAUAUUGUCUGAAGCUACUACAUCUGAGUCUUGAUGCAUGUACAGCUAUUACUGAUAGAUGCGUUAGUGAAAUAGCACAAUCUUGUCCAAAUUUAAAAUACAUAAGUCUCGCUUCUUUGUAUAGAGAUAGUAACAUUUCCAGUGCAUCUGUGAUUGAAAUGGCACGAUCUUGUUCCAAUCUAGUAUAUUUAAAUCUCAAUAGACAACCUUCUAUUAAUGAUGAAUCAAUUUGUGCAAUUGCAUGCUCAUGUGUAAAUCUUCAACACCUGGAUUUGUCGUUCAAUGAAAUAAUUAUGGAUGAAGCUAUAUACGCGAUUGCAACUGGCUGUCCAGAUAUGCGAAAUUAUUUUCUUGAAGGCUGUGAACGGAUUACCGACAAAUCAAUCAAAAAAAUUGCAGAUUUAAAUAAAAACCUACAAAAUAUUAGUCUUAUUUCAUGUUAUAAAAUUACGGAUAAUGCUGUAUGUAAUAUAGUUCAUUCAUGUUCAGACAUUCAGAAUCUUAGUUUUCAAUAUAUUUAUAUCACCGAUAAAACGAUAUAUGAAAUUGUACACCACUGUUCUAAUUUACUAGUUCUCAAUGCAAAGAAAUGUCUGUUUAUUUCUGAUGAAUCAAUCUACUUUCUAUUAAGCAAAAAACCGGCACUAGAGCUAAUAUUAGAUUGGGUUCCGUGA